AUGUCUCUCGAAACAUGGGCGGUAGCCGGGGUCGCCAUCGUCGAUGUGGAGGGCAGCCCCCUCCUUCUGCGCACGUACAUCUCCCCGAAAAACGUGCUGAACUCCCCCGCAGCCCCGCUGCACGCCCACCUCUACGUAGGACCCGAGGAUGUCAUCAAACUGCACUUUGUGCUCUUCGCUUCUCUAGACCGCUGUGAGGAGCUACGUGAGGCACGUGUCCUGCGGACCGAGGUGCCUGCCACGGAGACUGCAGUCGCGACGCUCUCGACCGCGGGCCAACGACUACCAUCACCGUCGUCAGCAUCUGCGACACCGUCCGUCUCGCGGAGCAACUCUGCCCUCAACAGAAACAACAACACAGCAAAGCCUUCCCCUCCCGGCCCGUCCAUCAGCGAGGGAAGCCCGUCCAACCCACCCACCAACACUGCCGCUACGGUGAUCGCCAACGACUCUCACGCGGUGUCCUCUGCCACUAGCGCUGCCCGACUCAUCUCGCCCACCACCGACGCCCGUUUUCUCGGUAAGUUGCUGGAGAGUCAUCGAAUGCGCUCCUACGGCUUCUGCUCCGCCACCGGCAUCCGCACGCUUCUCGUGACGGUGGGCAGCGAUGCACCUGCGGAUGCAAUGGUGCCGCUGUGCCGUGCCUUGUACGAGAGCGCAUCGGCCGCGCUGUGCAACCCGUUUCGCUCGCCGGUGCAGAGCUACCACGCGCAGGAGCAGCUGCUGUACAUGUCGUCGCUGACGGAGCGGAGUGACCGCCCUGGCGGAGUCACAACUACCUCGCCGCCGGACGGCGCUCGAGGGACACCCGCGCAUGCACCUGUGGGCGGUGGGCAGUCCAUCACAAGCCUGACUGUGGGUAGCAUCAACCGACUCCAUCUGCCGGCUGGUGCGGUGGAGUGGAGCUGGCCGAGGGCUGCGCCGACAUCUGUUGCCUCCCUCACGGCGGAGCCGACGCUGGCCCUCUCACGCACCUUCAACACGCAGAUGGAAGGUCUGCUUUCGACUUUCACGGUCACUGCGCGGAGCUGCAUUGUGCGUUGA